GUGCCCUUACGUCUCUGCCGCGCCAUCUUCAGAAAACAUUGAGCUGGUCACUGAAUGAAACUUAAUUUUAACCGCUUUAAAUCGUUGCUUACUACAUGGAGUGAUAUCCUCGGUUAUUCAGAUUGCAUCUUCACAAGUGAGACAAAGAAUGGGAGUGAAGGCACAGCGCCCUCGGUGCUUCAUGGACAUUGCCAUUGGCAAUGUUUUUGUCGGGAGAAUUGUGGUGGAAUUGUUUUCAGAUAUUUGUCCCAAAACCUGUGAAAACUUCAGGUGUCUUUGCACUGGUGAAAGGGGAAUUGGUAAAGGAACCCAGAAACCCUUACACUACAAAGGAUGUCUCUUCCAUCGCAUUGUUAAAGAUUUUAUGAUUCAAGGAGGAGACUUUAGCGAAGGAAAUGGAAGAGGAGGUGAAUCGAUCUAUGGAGGCUUUUUUGAAGAUGAAAGCUUUGCUGUUAAACACAACAAGGAAUACCUGCUGUCAAUGGCCAACAGAGGCAAAGACACUAAUGGAUCACAGUUUUUCAUAACUACAAAACCCACACCUCACCUCGAUGGCGUCCAUGUUGUUUUUGGCCAUGUGAUCUCUGGUCAAGAGGUUGUUCAAACUAUGGAAAACCAGAAAACUGACCCUAACAGUAAACCCUAUGCUGAUGUGAAAGUAUUGAACUGCGGAGAACUUGUCCCUAAAUCUAAAGCCAAAAAAGAAAGUAAAAAGAAAAAGGAAGGCUCAUCUGGAUCCAGCAGCAGUAGUAGUAGUGAAUCUGAGAGCUCAUCUGAAUCAUCCUCUGAUUCAGAAGAUUCUGAAAAGGAGUCCAAGAAGAAAAAGAAAAAGACAAAGAAACAAAAGAAACACAAAAAGAAGCAAAAGAAAACAAAGCCAGAAGACGCCAGUGCAGAUGAGAAGGAGCAGGAGGAAGUGGUUUCUUCUACAGUGCGUCCGGAGGAGAUUCCCCCCAUCCCUGAAAAUCGGUUCCUGAUGAGAAGAAGCCCGCAGCAAGUGGAGAAGAAGGAUGAGCCUAAAAAGGAGCAACGGAACAAGGGGGAAAGACCCAGCGCUGGUAUAUCCUAUAAUUCGGCAUACAACAGAAGGCUGGUUAUGACCCGCUCCGGAAGAAAGAUAAAAGGCAGGGGUCCUAGGCGUUAUCGAACCCCUUCACGCUCUCGUUCAAGGUCCAGAGAUCGGUUCAGGCGCAGUGAAACUCCUCCACACUGGCGUCAGGAAAUGCAACGUCAGAGGAUGAGGGCUGUUACUGGGGAGCGUUGGAUUAAAGGGGACAGAGGUGACGUCAAUGACAGUAAGGAAGAGGUGUCAAAGAGAGAAAGACGAUUGUCCAAUUCAAAACAUGAAGAUACCACAGAGGGUAAAAAGGACAAGAAAGCGAGGAAUCACAGAUCUAAGAGCAAAGAGGAUGAUUCUGUGGAUAAAGAUGGAAAACAUGGCAAACACAAGACCCACAAGAAGAAAGGCGAAAGUCGUAGUAAAAGCCGUGAGAAAAAAAGGUCAAAGAGCAGAGAGAAGGGACAUAAAUCUCACAAAUCUGACGAGAAAAGGGCACGGUCCAAAAGCAAAGACAAAGAGGACUCAAAGAAAGAUAAACACUCAGAAUCUGACCAUGGAAAAGAUAAAAGCAAACAUGAAUCUAGUAAAAAGCAUAAAGAGGAUUUUAAAGGAACAAAUGGGGAAAGAAAUAGGUCCAAAUCACGUAGCAAGGACAAAAAAGAUGGCCACAGAUCUAGCAGCAGUAAUAGAAAUAAGGACAGUCGUGCCAAAUCCAGAGACAAAGACGACAGGCGGGAUAAGGAGAGAGACAGAGGCAGGAAUCGCAGCCGAAGUCGAGACCGUCGCCGUGAUAGUGAAAGGGAAACUAAGAGGAGAGAGUCAUCCAGAAGCAGAGAUCAUCGAGGGAGAAGCUCAGACAGGACUAAGACCAGAGACGCCCACAGGAGCAGGCACUCGCGAAGCAAGAGUAACAAAAGAGAGACCAGUAAAGACCGCUCUACGCAUAGGAAGGAUAAAGAACGAGAAUCUGGCAACCGCAAAAGAAGACAUAGCAGCAGUUCUGAUAGCGAUAGGGAUAAAAGAAGGAGCCGAAACAGUCGUGAUAGAAAAUCCAAAGAAAAAAGGAGUCCAGAAAGACAAAGGCCAGACAGUAAUAAAGGCAAAGAUCGAAAUAACAGUAGAAGACAUAGACAUAGUUCUAGCUCAAGUUCCGACAGUGACUGAGAGGGACUCAUUUAAAAACAAAAUUACUUUUUUAUACUGGCAUUUCCCUUCUUCACUACACCGUUAACGAGGUCAGGUUGCAGCUCUAUUUUGACCAGACAUGUACUUUUUGGUUUAAAGUAGACAUCUUGAUGAAACGUGGUUAAGGUCAUUCAUAUUGACCAAAACAAAAGAAUGAACUCUCAUAAUGACAGUCAAGCGUGUGUUUUUUCAAGGGUUUAACAUGCCCUUAAAUGUACUGCUUUCAUUGUCUUAGGAUUUAAUUUGACGGUUUUCAGUUUUUAUUUGGGGUACAUUGAAUUUUGGGUAUAAACAAAAACCCAACAGUUGAGCUUUUUAAAUUAUUUCUACUGUGUGCUUUUAUCAUUUAAAUCCUGUUGGAUUUGGAGGGAGGGGGUGCCUGUAUUUUUGUCAUAUGUCAUAUAACAGAAAUAUUUUGAUGCAUGGUCGGUGUAUUUUUUUUUAUGAUUUGGUAACAUGUCACCCCUCCACUUUUGUACAUCCAUGGCCUUUUACUGUAAUCCCAUUUGUAAUUAAGACAAUUCUGGGUUUACUUGUGGAAUUAUUUGACAAUUUGUACAAGUAGUUUUGUUCAAGAAUAUUGGACAUUGCCUUUCUGGCUCUAAAGAAGGAAUUUAAAAAAAUGACAUUCUCUGCUUUUAAACAACUGACGCCUUGGUUCUUACCAUUUAUUCUCACAGAUGCCCGUUCUCACCACACAAACCUUGUAUUAAUCAUUUAAAAAGGUCUUUGAGAAAAAACUGCAAAUUGUGAGGAAGCUUCAUAUGUGCUAUUAUCUUUUUUUAAAGGCCCCCACCUAAAUGUACAGUCUUAAUAUCACCGCCUCCUGGAGUUCUCUGAGGGCAAACUGAAUCUUUGACUAGAAAUGAGAAGAAAAUCCAGUCUAACCAGAUCACCAAGAAUUUUCUUUAAACUGCAUUUCGAGAUUUCUGCUUGUUAUUUCUGUGAUUUCUGCAAAAUUGACUCUUGUGAGCUUUUAGUCAUGUUAUAAUGCCUCAUCAAAAAUAUAGUGUUUUGUUUCAUUCA